CUGCGCCCCCUCGCCUCCCCCUUUGUCUUUCUCCUCCGCGCCAGGGAGAGGCCACCCCAGCUAUCUCGAUCACAGCUGAUCGGCGGCGGCCGGCCGUCGCCGGCGGCCAUCCAUCCCCUCGCGCCGAUUAGGACAAGAGGAAGCUAAAUAUACUAAGCCAUUUCGGUUUCUCGAUCGGUUGCCGAUUGUAGUAGGAGAUCAGGUUGAUCGAUCGGUUGGUUGGUUGGUUCGUUGCUUGAUCGUGUUGUUGAUCGAGCGGAGCAGGAGGUCGGUCGCCGGAGGCGCUCUCGCGCUCUCUCUCCUCUUCUCGGAGGUGAGAGGGGGAGGAGAGGAAGUAUGGCGAGGAGCGGAGGGAAUGGCGCCGGAGGAGAAGGCGGCGGCGGCGGCGGCGGCGGCGGCGGGCUGAAGAAGGGGCCGUGGACGCAGGAGGAGGACAAGCUGCUGGUCGACCACGUGCGGCGGCACGGCGAGGGGAACUGGAACGCCGUGCGGCGGGAGACCGGCCUGCAGCGCUGCGGGAAGAGCUGCCGGCUCCGGUGGGCCAACCACCUCCGCCCCGACCUCCGCAAGGGCCCCUUCUCCCUCGACGAGGAGCGCGUCAUCCUCCUCCUCCAUGGCCUCAUCGGCAACAAGUGGGCUCGCAUCUCAUCCCAACUGCCGGGGAGGACGGACAACGAGAUCAAGAACUACUGGAACACGCGCCUCAAGCGGCGGGUGCGCGCCGGCCUGACGCUCUACCCGCCGGACAUCGAGAGGGAGAUCGCGUACCUGCGGGCGAAGAACCUUAGCAUGUCCGGCGCCGACGGCGACGGCAGCGGCAGCGGCAGCCUCCCGCAGCCGCCGCUGCUCCUCGACGCGAGCAACCCGUUCGCCCUGCCGCCGCCGGUGCCAUCGCCGUCGGCCUCGCACUCGCCGCUGAUCAACCAGAACUACCCGCUCCUGAACCAGAUGCAGGGGCUCGAGCUCCUCCACCUCGCCAACCAGCAGGCGCCGCCGCAGCCGGCAUUCGGCGGGUUCGUCUCGGCGGGGCUCCCGCCGCUGCCGACCAGACCGCGCGAGCUCCCUUCGAACCAAUUUGACACGGCGACGACGAGCGACGGCGUCGGUGUGCUCGAGUCGCUGCUCGGCGACGAGCACCUACUGCCGCGGCCCAACCCCACCAUGCUCAGGGUGGGCUCCAUGCCCGAGCUGCUGUACCGCGAGCCCACCUCAAGGCUCGUGCUCCACGGCGGCGGCAGCGGCGGCGCGAGCGACAGUGACGUCACCUCACAGUACCCUUCGGGAGAAGAGGACCCGCAGUAUGGCGGGAGAUGGGACUUCAUCUUUGAGGACGUGAAGCCCUCCAAGAGGAGGGCGGCGAGCGCGGUGGAGGAGGAGAUCUCCGGCAUGUUCGGGAUCACCCCGGGCUCGAUCCCGGGAGAGUGGUUCGCCGGCGCCGGCGGGUCGUCCGCCCCGUCUCCGGGGCCGUCGUCCGUCGUCACCGACGACGAGUUCAGCCUCGAGGUGCAGCAGUUCAUGUCGUCGCUGCCGCUGCCAUCGGAAGAGCUCGACUGGAACGCAUAAAAUCGAUGAUUAUGGUAGUGAGACUGUAAUUUGGUUCUGGUGAGCAGGAAAUGUUGGCCCUCUUUUUGUCAUGAGCCUUAUUGUCGGAUCUGUCACACCUCUCUGCUUUUUCAUUGCAAAAUGUUUUCGUAUUGCUAUGAAGGGAAUUAAAAGUUUGUCAUA